CUCGGCGCAGGGCACGCCUCUUCCGGCUUCCCGGGCCGCCGGCCGGACAGGUGCGGCUGGGCCCGGAAAGAUGGGGCUGGAACGGAAGAAGCCCGGCGGAGCGGCCGCGCUGCCUCUUCUGCUCUUGGCGGUCGCCAGAGUCCACCUGCUGGAGAUCCAGGCCGCUGCCCAGGUUCGCGCGUUUGUGGGCGAGCCGGUGACCCUUAAGUGCUGGUUCAAAUCCUCCGCUCCAGUCUCCGAGAAGCUCACCGUCGACUGGACCUACCGGCCUCUCGCAGGGGGCAACUUGGAACCGGUCCUCCACUACCAGUCCAUUGCCUACCCAGCCAAGAGAGGGAGCUUCCGGGAUAGAGUUUCUUGGGCUGGCGAUGUGACCAAGCGGGACGCCUCAAUUAUGAUCUGGAACCCAACCCUGGAGGAUAACGGGACAUUCACCUGUUCUGUGAAGAACCCCCCUGAUGUGCAGCACAACAUUCCCCAAACCCUGCUGACAGUCAGUCAGAGAGGUGCCUCCUUCCAGCUGACCUCAUCCGGACUGCUUUCCAUCCUGGUCUUUCUUCCCUCUGGCAUCGUGGUGGUUCUGCUGCUGGUUCGAAUGAAUCAGAAAUCCGGGCUGAUGAAAGCAAGGAGGCAGCUUGGUUACAAAAAGUCCUCCAUUGAAGUCUCAGAAGAACCUGAGCAAAGAGGCUGCAGGGAGCGGCUGGUUAGCUGUUGUUUGCAGUGCCUGGACACCGACGAGGAGGAACCGUACUGACACACACACACACACACAGAGAAAGAGGCCUUGGCAGCGCCACCAAGAUCCAGCUCAGAAAGUCUUUGCUUAGAGUAAAAUGACCGGAUUUCUUUCCAGUUUAGGAAUUAGCCUGAUUUAAUAUUUUCUCUUUUCUUGCCUUUCUCUUGCCCUGUGAAUAGGCCUGGAAAAGGGGCAGUGGAGGGUCUAUCUGGCAGCCAGGCUCUUGGCUUCUCCUUCUCCUUCUCCUUCUCACGAGCCUCCAGCUGGUCGUGUGGAGCACUGUGGCCUUAAUGUGGAAAUGCGUGAACCGGCUGAAGCUAAAUGUUCGGACUGUCCCCAACUCUAACAGUUGGGAAAUCUGGCCUUGGGGCCUUUGCCUGCAGAUCCACCCUCCCUUCCUUUUCUUCCUUGGUCUGCUUUCCUGUGCAGAAAGCUGCUCCUUUCACAACCAAUAAAAUGCCUUGGGCCAACUCCA